UUAAACAUAUUACACACUCCUCCUCCUCUCUAUUUCUUCUUUCUUUUUCUCUCUCACCGGCAAAAGUUUGUCACUCUUUUGAUUUUUUGGGGCUUUCUUUUCCUCUUGAGAAAAGGAAAACCUUACAAUACAUAUAGAAAAAAAAUUCAUAUUUUUAUAAAUAUAUAUAUUGGUAGUGUUUUUAGUUAGUUUGGUAUUUGUGGAAAGUGGAAGCUAUGGGUUGUUUCCCUUGUUCUGGUGAUCCAUCAUCAAUCAAGAAAAGAGAAAGAAAAAGAAUCCAAGGGAAUAAUAAUCAAUAUAAAAGAGAUGAUCAAUCAAAACCCAAACCAGAUACGCUAAAGGCUAGCGAGAAUAAAGUUGUGAAGAAGGAAGAGGCUGUAGAUGCAAACCAAUCUAAUUCAACUAGGAUGGAUGGCGAUUGCAGUAGUGUUUCCAGAAAUGAGGAAACUGAUGGCAUUCAAAUUAACGGAGUGAAUAAGGCACGGGCAUUUAAAUUUGAUGAACUGGUAGCCGCAACAGAAAAUUUCAAAGCAGCGUACUUCUUGGGUGAAGGAGGCUUUGGGAAAGUAUAUAAAGGUCGUUUGGCAGAUACUGGUCAGGUUGUAGCCAUCAAAAAACUCAACCCUGAUGGAUGUCAGGGCAACAGGGAAUUCAUUGUGGAAGUACUCACUUUAAGUAUGGCUGACCACCCUAAUCUUGUAAAAUUAAUCGGUUAUUGUGUCGAGGGACAUCAGAGGGUGUUGGUCUAUGAGUACAUGCCUCUUGGUUCAUUAGAAGACCAUUUACAUGACCCUUGGCCAGAUAAAAAACGCCUUGAUUGGAACACCAGAAUGAAGAUAGCUGCAGGUGCUGCAAGGGGCCUGGAAUAUUUGCACGAUAAAAUGAAACCGCCUGUUAUUUAUCGUGACUUGAAGGGAUCAAAUAUUCUGCUUGGAGAGGGGUACAAUCCAAAGUUAUCUGAUUUUGGGUUGGCUAAAGUGGGCCCGCUUGGAGACAAGACCCAUGUCUCUACAAGAGUAAUGGGCACAUAUGGAUACUGUGCACCAGAUUAUGCUAUGACUGGCCAACUGACAUUCAAAUCAGAUAUCUACAGCUUUGGGGUUGUUCUUUUGGAGAUUAUCACAGGCAGGAAAGCAAUCGACAAUACAAAAUCUGCUGCGGAGCAAAACCUUGUUGCUUGGGCACGACCACUGUUCAAAGACCGAAAGAAAUUCCACCAGAUGGCGGAUCCAGUACUAGAAGGUCAUUAUCCAGUGAGGGGUUUAUACCAAGCUCUUGCAAUUGCUGCAAUGUGUGUCCAGGAGCAACCUAAUAUGCGGCCUCUCAUUGCCGAUAUUGUCACUGCUCUCAACUACCUUGCCUCCCAAACGUAUGACCCCGAAACACAGCCUCCUGUCCAAGGAUCACGUAGAAAUUCGUCUUCUAAAAAAUCCAGAUCAAUAGAUGAACAAAAGACCCCUGUUAAUGUUGAUGGACAUGAAAGAACGAAUUCAGAGGACUAAAUUAAAGAACCAAAUUGGUGCCCCUUACUGGUUUUCAUCCAGGCUGGUCUGGUCUGUUCACAAAUCUUGGAUGUUGCUUUUUUGCCUGAAUCCGACCCUUUCGGGUUAAUGAAGGCUUUUAAGCUAAUAGACAACUUGCCUUGUUAUCAAUUUUUGUUUUACAUGAUAACAGGCGCAGCUCAAAUUCUAACGUAAUAUAAGCCGAGUUCUUGUUUUGCAUGAUAAUAGUACUCCAUUAUGUGGUGUAAAUGGAAAUGCUAGUUAGUAUGUAGAUUCAAAGGUAUAAAGAGGAAAGAAAAGAUGAAAGUUAGAUGUAGGAGUAUUAGCACGAACAAUUAUCCCAUUGUUUCGACCUUACUUGGUUUUUUAAUCUAUGAACCUGUUGACUGGUUUAUGGUCAUUCUUUUUU